AUGACAAAUGAAAGUUGCUGUGAUGAAUGGUAUGAGAGAAAGUUACCGAAACCGCCAGUUCCAGCAUUAAAUGAUACUCUCGAUCGUUACUUAGAAUAUGCAGCUGUGGUUGCUGCUGGACAAUCAAAAUCGUUACAUGGAACUCAUGAAGCUGUCGAAAAAUUCCGUGUUGUAGGCCAGAAAUAUCAGAAGAAGCUCGAAGAAAUAGCUGACAAUGAAAUUAAUUGGGUUAAUCGAUUUUGGUUACCAGAAAUGUAUCUGAAAGUUCCUUUACCCCUCCCUGUCAACUCUAACCCUGCUUAUAUCUUUCCUGAGCAGAAGUUUGAGAAGCCCGGAGAUAUGUUGAGAUAUGCAUCUCUUCUCAUACGUGGUAUUGUUGACUACAAAAAUGGAAUUGAUAAGAAACUAGUAGAUCGAGAAAUAUCAACAGGUAAGCAGAAAGUGCAUCUAUGUAUGGAUCAAUAUGAACGAAUACUCGGAUGUUACAGAGAGCCGGGACAUACUGAAGAUCGUCAAAUUCGGAAGAAUAAAAAUGACAAUGGGACGGAGCAUGUUAUCGUUAUGUCGGACAAUCAAGCUUUUGUGGUCUUCACUCGUUGGAUGGGAGACCUUCUUCCAUUUGCUGAUAUCAACUAUCAGUUAGAAGAAGUUGUGAAGAAAUCGAAAAUUCGGAGAGAUUUGGCGGUCCCAAUCGGUGGAAUUACAUCUGGUAGUCGUCCCAUAGCCGCUGAGUUCUGGAGGAGAAUGAGGGAAGUUGAUGUUAACUGUUUGUCACUGUCCUGGAUUCAAAAUGCUUUAUUCAUCGUGUGCUUGGAUGAGGAAAAUGAAUUGAAUAACAAUAAUGACGAAGAGUCUAAGAAGAAGUCAACCUUAUCUGAUCGAGGGAAACAUCUUCUGACUGGAAAUGGAAGUUCAAAAUUUGGUUUCAAUCGAUGGUAUGAUGCAACAAUCCAAUUAAUUGUCUGUUCGAAUGGUACAAGUGGUUUUUGUAUUGAACACUCCGUAGCUGAAGGAAUUGUUAUAAUCAAUAUGGCUGAGAGUGCUUUGAAACAUCUUCAUGAGAAUUGGAAUCGAAAAAUUAUUUCUCAGAAGGAACGCAAUUUCCAGCCAAAACCGCUGACAUGGCAUGUCGGAGUGGACGAACAGAACAUGAUUGAAGAACAACGAGUCAUAUUUGACAAACUUUCAAAUGAUUUAGACUUGGAUGUAUUGGAAUUCAAUGAUUUUGGUAAAAAUUUCAUUAAGAAAUGUGGUGUCAGCCCAGAUGGCUUCAUUCAACUGGCCAUGCAACUCGCACAUUUCAGAACUCAUGGAUAUUUAGUUUCCACCUAUGAAUCCGCUUCAUUAAGACGAUUCGGUUUUGGAAGAGUUGAUAAUAUUCGAGCAAAUACUCAGGAAGCAUUAGAAUGGGUGACUUCGAUGGUCCGAAAAGAUGUUCCGAAAGAAAAACAAAUUGAAUUAUUGCGAAAAGCCGCAGCUAAACAAGCACAAGUAACAUCUGAGAAUAUAUCUGGAUUGGGUAUCGACAAUCAUUUGUGUGCUCUGAAUGUAUUAGCUAGGGAUGAUGAUAACACUCCCGAAAUCUUUUCUGAUCCUCUCUGGAAAGACAUAAUGCGAUUUCCAUUAUCGACAAGUCAGGUUACAACAAGUUCGUCAAUAAAGGAUACUUACCUAUGCUAUGGAGCUGUAGUAGAUGAUGGCUAUGGAUGUGCAUAUAAUUUGCAGGACUCCUUUGUUAUAUUUGCCCCUUCAGCUUUUAAAUCAAACGAAAGAACUAGUAUGUUUAAAUUUAAGAAAGCUUUAUGUGAAGCUAUGAAAGAUAUGAAAAUAUUAUUAUCUUCUCCUUAG